AGAGUUCUUGAAAAUCUGUUUUCUUGUCAUAAAUGUGUUUGGAAGGCUGGGACUGAAAGAGUGUUUGAGCGGAAGAUUGUGAAUUGUGAACGCUGAGCGAAGCUUCAUAAAUAAAGCUUUCCAUAUUUAUGGUUUCCUUUGCCCCCGCCAACUUGGACGAGAUUUUUGGCUCUUUCUCUUUGCUAAGUAUCUAGAUCCAAGGAGGAAAGAAUUUUCCAAUUUUCCAAUUUUCCAACCAACACCCACAGAAAUGGAUUUGCAUUUUCAACAGCUGGACUAGAAAACAUGGUGUCCAGAUCGUAUUCAAAUCUUUUGGAGCUUGCCUCUGGCGAGUCUCCAUCGUUUGGCCGCAUGAAUCGGCGAAUUCCGCGUAUUAUGACGGUCGCCGGCUUGAUCUCCGAUUUAGAUGAUGACCCGGCGGAGAGUGUCUGCUCUGAUCCUUCUUCGUCUUCGGUCCAGCGAGAACGUAUCAUAAUAGUGGCUAAUCAGCUCCCUAUAAGAGCUCAGAGGAAAACAGAUGGCAGUAAGGGUUGGAUUUUCAGUUGGGAUGAUAAUUCCCUUCUCCUCCAAUUGAAAGAUGGUAUAGGGGAUGAAGAUAUUGAGGUUAUUUAUGUGGGCUGUCUAAAGGAAGAAAUUCACCCAAACGAUCAAGAUGAGGUUUCCCAGAUACUCCUUGAGACCUUUAAAUGUGUCGCAACCUUUCUCCCACCGGAACUUUUUAGCCGGUACUAUCAUGGGUUUUGCAAGCAGCAAUUGUGGCCAUUGUUUCAUUACAUGUUGCCACUCUCGCCGGACCUUGGUGGUAGGUUUAACCGGUCGUUGUGGCAAGCAUAUGUGUCGGUUAAUAAGAUUUUCGCAGAUAGGAUUAUGGAAGUGAUCAAUCCCGAAGAUGAUUUUGUGUGGGUACACGAUUAUCACCUGAUGGUGUUACCAACUUUCUUGAGGAAAAGGUUCAAUAGAGUAAAACUUGGGUUUUUCCUCCACAGUCCAUUCCCUUCGUCAGAAAUUUAUAAGACACUGCCUAUUAGGGAAGAGCUUCUUCGGGCCCUUCUGAAUUCGGAUUUGAUUGGGUUCCAUACUUUUGAUUAUGCCCGGCAUUUCCUAUCCUGUUGUAGUCGGAUGCUUGGUCUUACAUACGAGUCCAAGCGUGGAUAUAUAGGCCUUGAGUAUUAUGGUCGGACAGUUAGCAUCAAAAUUCUUCCCGUUGGUAUACAUAUGGGCCAGCUGCAGUCUGUUUUGAGCCUCCCAGAGACUGAAGUGAAGGUUGCUGAGCUUCUCAAGCAGUAUUGUGAUCAGGGUAGGAUAAUGUUACUUGGGGUGGAUGACAUGGAUAUAUUUAAAGGUAUAAGUUUGAAGCUUUUGGCAAUGGAGCAGCUUCUUAUGCAGCACCCAGAGUGGCAGGGGAAAGUUGUGCUUGUACAGAUAGCCCUUCCAGCUAGGGGCAGAGGAAAAGAUGUGAAAGAAGUUCAGGCUGAGACUUCAUCGACUGUUAAGCGGAUUAAUGAAACCUUUGGAAGACCUGGAUAUGACCCUGUUGUCUUGAUCGAUGAGCCGCUUACGUUUUAUGAGAGAAUUGCAUACUAUGUGGUUGCUGACUGUUGUUUGGUCACAGCAGUGAGGGAUGGGAUGAAUCUCAUACCGUACGAAUACAUAAUCAGUCGCCAAGGGAAUGUGAAAUUAGAUAAGUUACUGGGUUUGGAGCUAUCCACUCCCAAGAAGAGUAUGUUAGUUGUCUCUGAGUUCAUUGGGUGCUCACCAUCUUUGAGCGGAGCAAUUCGAGUGAACCCCUGGAAUAUUGAUGCUGUUGCAGAUGCAAUGGACUCUGCCAUUGAAAUGGCUGAGGCAGAAAAACAGCUCCGGCAUGAGAAACAUUAUAGAUAUGUCAGUACCCAUGAUGUUGGGUAUUGGGCUCGUAGUUUCCUUCAAGAUUUGGAGAGGACAUGCCGGGACCACUUGAGGCGGAGGUGCUGGGGUAUAGGAUUUGGAUUGAGUUUUAGAGUUGUGGCACUUGAUCCAAACUUCAGGAAACUCUCGAUGGAACACAUAGUUUCUGCUUACAAAAGGACUACAACAAGGGCAAUUCUUCUAGACUAUGACGGUACACUAAUGCCUCAGGCUUCCAUUGAUAAGAGCCCAACCUUGAAGUCAAUUGAUAUUCUAAAUAGUCUGUGUAGAGAUACGAACAACAUGGUUUUCAUUGUAAGUGCUAGAAGCCGAAAGACUCUUGGUGAAUGGUUUUCUCCCUGUGAAAAGCUGGGAAUUGCAGCUGAGCAUGGCUACUUCCUAAGGCUGAAGCGAGAUGCAGAAUGGGAAACAUGCGUACCCGUUGCAGACUGUAGUUGGAAGCAGAUUGCUGAGCCAGUGAUGAAACUGUACACUGAAACAACUGAUGGGUCCACCAUUGAAGACAAGGAAACUUCUCUUGUUUGGUGUUAUGAGGAUGCAGAUCCAGAUUUUGGGUCGUGCCAAGCUAAGGAACUUCUUGAUCAUCUUGAAAGUGUGCUUGCCAAUGAACCAGUUACAGUCAAGAGUGGGCAGAAUACUGUGGAGGUUAAGCCACAGGGUGUAAGCAAGGGACUCGUGGCGAAGCGUCUACUUUCCACGAUGCAAGAGAAGGGAAUGUCACCAGAUUUUGUUGUGUGUAUAGGAGAUGACCGAUCUGAUGAAGACAUGUUUGAGGUAAUCACUAGUUCCAUGGCAGGCCCAUCCAUUGCUCCCAGGGCUGAAGUGUUUGCAUGUACGGUUGGAAGAAAACCCAGUAAGGCCAAGUAUUAUCUUGAUGACACGGUGGAAAUUGUUAGGUUGAUGCAGGGUUUGGCUUCUGUCUCUGCACAAACUGUUUCUGGGUACGCUUAGCAAAGAUGAUGGAAAUAUCUGCGUUUUUGUUUGUAAUUUGUAACAAUGUGGGCUGAGUGGGGUACUCCACAUUAUCUUCUCUUUAUUUUUUGUGUUGCUUUUCUUUCUCAAUCUUUGUAUAUUAUCUUAAGCAUUACACAGAGCAGCUGUGCCACCAGAUACUCUGUUUCUUCUCCACGUAGUCAGCUGUAAAUAUGUUUCUGCCAUGAAAUAUGAGCUCACUUUUUAGCGUGCA